AUGGGCAAUGUACCAGGGGAAGCCUGGUACAUUACAGCCAAAGUAAACAACCAAGACAUCACAUUCAAGGUGAACACGGGGGCGGACGUCACAGCUAUCCCUCCCAAUAUGUGCGACGCGACAACGUUUGCAACUUUGCAGACAACAGGGACGGAUCUUUAUGGAGCAGGCCACACUCCGCUGAACACGCUAGGCAGGUUCACGGCGACGGUAACCUGGAAUGGGCGCACUACUAGAGAAAUCAUCUAUGUGUCCGACCAGCUAAAACACCCAUUGCUGGGGCGGCCUGCAAUUGAAGCCCUUCAGGUGCUACCUAGCUUGAACGAAGUCAAAGCCGAAAGCAAGCCGGAGUAUGACCACCUCCGUAAAAAGUACCCCUUGCUUUUCCAAGGACUGGGGAAAAUGAAUGUGGAGUACAAGAUCGCGCUUCACCCUGAUGCGAGAUCAUUUGCAAUCACAUACCCGAGACGGGUACCUCUACCUCUGCUACCCAGCACUCAACAGGAAUUGCAACGGAUGCAAGACAUGGACGUUAUUGAAAGAGUUGACCAUGCAAGAGCAUGGUGCGCACCCAUGGUGGUGGCUUAA